AACAGUCUAUAACGUUGUUAGAUGUAGGUGUUCAGGGUAACUCCAUACAGCAGAGGAGCCAGGUGUCAGCAAUCAACAAAUGAGUGACUCAUAUAAAAGCAGUAGUCUAGGUUUCAGUGUGUAGCUGCUGUGUCAACUUGAAGAAGGUGUAGAAUACUGAUUAAAGAUGUCUGGCCGUGGGAAGAAAGUUGUGCCCAAACCCCAAUCUUCAAAAUCCCGGUCUUCCAAAGCAGGGAUCACUUUCCCAGUGGGCCGCAUCCACAGGCUGCUGAGGAAAGGCAGCUACGCUGAGCGAAUUGGCAACGGCGCUGCAGUGUACCUCGCAGCCGUCCUGGAGUACCUCACAGCUGAGAUCCUGGAGCUGGCAGGAAACGCCAGCCAUGACAACAAGAAACAACGCAUCGCUCCUCGCCACAUCUUACUGGCAGUGAAAAAUGAUGAAGAGCUCAACAAACUGCUGGCAGGGGUCACGAUCUCGGAGGGUGGUGUCAUCCCAAACAUCCAGGCAAGCCUUCUCCCCAAGAAGACAAAGGCACCUAAAGAUGACAAUUCUGCUAAAGACGUUCAGUCUCAAGAGUUUUAAUUGUGAAUGUAUGAGUUUUGCAAAUUAUCACAUUAAAAAUUUUGUUUUUUAAA